UCUCGCGCUGCGCAUAGUGCGAAAAAGGGCAGCUGCUGCCACCGCGCAUCGCACGCGCAGGCAGGUCACUGAGCAAGUAGUGCGCCGGGGGAGAACUUCGUAAGACAGAAGCAUGGCUAAGCGGCAGGCAACCAAUGAACUGAACGCCGACAACUGGGAAAAUGAAGAUGAACCCGAAGAGCAAGGCCAGUUCAAGAAAGCUGACGAGAAAGAAAUCGAGCGCCGCGUAAUCCGGACUGCCAAGCGUAGCCUCACCAACACUUCAGCCUCAGCUAGCCCGUUCGGCAGCUUCGCUGGUUUUGGCACUCCUAAUACCGCAAAGCUACCGGAUGCCACACUGCCCAAUGGAUCUGCUCCAACAGCAGCACCUGAAAAGGAGAAACAAAAUGCGGAUCCAGUUUUUCUAGGCAAGCUGAAGCGCUUAAACGAGUGCCUGCUGAGUUGGGUAAAGAAGCAUAUGGAGUCCAAUCCAUUCUCGGAUUUCAGUCCAGUCUUCCAGGAUUAUGAACGUCAUCUAUCUGAUAUCCGAAAGUCAUGCGCGUCCGAGUCUGAAACGGCCAAAAGUAGCACAAGCUCGCUUUCCACAUUCAAGUUUGCCACAACAAUAUCCAGCAGCAGCACUCCUUUCAGCUUUGGCCAACCACCUAAAGAUGAUGCAAAGUCAGAUACUCCUGCCUCAGAGCCUACCAAUACAUUUGUAUUUGGCAAUCAGGCUGCAUCUACAUCUUCACCUCUCCCGAAGCCAACGUUCACGUUUGGACUAUCAGCGGUUGCUCCAGCAACAAGCACCCCGAAGAAUGGUUCCGAUGAUGAGGAGUACGUACCUCCAAAGGAGGAGAUUGCACCUGUUGAAGAGAAGGAUGCUGUCUACACGAAACGGUGCAAGCUGUUCCAGAAAAAAGACAGUAGCUACAUAGAGAGGGGAGUCGGCAACCUCUACAUCAAGCCUCACAACGAUAAAUACCAGUUGCUUAUCAGGGCUGACACUAGGCUGGGGAAUAUAUUGCUCAACAUCAUGCUGGCCCAGUCUUUACCAGUGUCUCGUUUGGGCAAGAACAAUGUGGGACUGGUGUGCAUUCCAAACCCCCCUGUGAAUGGCAAGGAUGAUUCGGAGAGCCCAACAACCAUGCUACUUCGUGUGCGCACAGCCGAGGAUGCUGAUGAACUGAAAGACGCCUUGGAGCGCUACAAAGGCGAGAAGGACAGCUGAGUUUAAGUGGUCACAGCCUGCAAGUGGAAAGAAAAAUUGAUGCCAGGUUGCUGGCCUGACUCGCUGCUUGAGGACAAUGCCAAGUGGAAGCGUCAGCAUUGUUGGCUAUUAAAAAAAAGGUCCAUUAGGUUUUGAUUUGAA